AAAAGAAAAUAAGGGAAAACAAAUACCGCAUUUUUUCCGGAAAAUUUAUUCAAACAAUUUUCCAGAUUUUUAAAAUAUGACUAGGAUGAUCUAUGUAUAAUUCCUCUUUAUCUUUUGCUUCCUUCACUGCCGAAUUAGCUCCUCCCUCAAAUAAUGGCUCUUUCUUUUUUAGGGUAUGUGGGCAAAGUUUGCAUUGUGUUGGAAAUUUGAGGCCUGCAGAAGACGAUUUGCUCAAAUAUUGUCAGUUAUAUAUCUAUGAUCCUAAUGCAGCAGUGUCAUUCAGAAUGGAGCAACCUGGUAAUGAUGGUUGUAUAUGUGAGUUAAUGCAACUUUUGCAAACAUUAAUUAAUCAAGAAAACCCAUUUGCUCUUGCAUUUAAAAACAUGUCAGAAGUAGAGGAUGAAGAAAUCCGCCAAGCAGCUUUAGAAGGUGUGGGUUAUCUAGAGUUUAUUUUAUCAUGUUCUGCUACCCUGUGUUAAGUCCGACGGUGGGCCGAGCUCAGGCCGAGCUUGUUACAUCGGUUGAACAUCGGCUACUCUGUUUUUAGCAAAAUAAUAUCGGUGAAACGUCGGUUUUGUGUCUGUUGGCCGAUGAAUGGUCAAACAGACGUUCAGCCGAUGUUCAGCCAAUUUGGUUCUGUUUUUUAUUUUAAUGAAUAUGUUGAAUUUUAAAAAUGGCAGCAAAUCUAUCUAACUGAAGGCAAAAAAUUUUAAUGCAUAGGAAAGUUAAUUCGUUUACCUGUUAAAUUAAUAUUAUUUAAUAAUAUUAAUUGGUAUU